UUCGAGACCGUCGAAAUCUGCAGCAAUCAGCCAUUCAUCCAAAAAUGCCGUCUUCUACAGCGGUCACGACCAAGGUGACCUCCGGGUCUCCUUACCAGCUUGACAACACCCAGGUCACUCGCGCCUCUUCUGCGCUCCUGAAACACAUCAAAUCUUCGCAAGAGGAGAAGGAGAAGUCGGCGACCAAGAAGACUCUUAUCGGCGACAACGAUGGCGACUCCGACGAAGAAGACAGCCCCAUGCACAACGAAGCCAUUUGGCUCGUGCUCACCACGAAGAAGCACGUUGUUGACAAGAACCGCCUGAAGCCCGGCAAGAUCAGCAUCCCUCACUCCCUCAACGCCUCGUCCUCCCUCAGUGUCUGCCUUAUCACCGCCGACCCGCAGCGCGCGGUCAAGAAUAUCGUCGCCGACUCGUCCUUCCCUCAACACCUCUCCUCCCGCAUCGACAAGAGCUUUGAGAGCCGGCGACAACUGCUCUCGGAGCAUGACGUUUUCCUGGCGGACGACCGCAUCGUCAUGCGCCUGUCCAGCAAGCGCCCCAUUCCCAUUCGCAUUGCCGAGAUCGAGAAGGUGGAUGGCAAGAAGGUGAAGAAGGACCCCAAGCAGAAGUCGAAGGAGGAUGAUAGCGCUUUUGCGUCCCCCGCUAUCGUCGCCAAGGAGAUCGAGAAGGCCCUCAGCUGUGCCGCCGUACACCUUGCCCCCGCCACCACCGCCGCCAUCCGCGUUGGUAACUCCAAGUUCACUUCCCAGCAGCUGGCCGAGAACGUCGACGCCGUUGUCAAGGGAUUGACCGAAAAGUUCAUCACCAAGGGCUGGAGGAAUAUCAAGGCUCUUCACGUGAAGGGCGCGAACACGAUGGCCAUGCCCAUCUGGUUGGCCAGCGAGCUGUGGGUUGACGAGGCCGACGUCGUCGAGCAGGCACCGGAGGACGAGACCAAGGCCAUCGAAGGAGGCAAGAACAAGAAGCGCAAGCAGAGCGGAGAGGAGGAGAAGCAGCUCGAAGCUCCCAAGAAGAACAAGAAGUCCAAGGCUACCGAGGAUGACGAUGACAAUGCGGCCGCCCGCAAGGAGAAGCUUCAGAAGCAGAAGGCCAAGGCCCUCGAGGAUGGCAAAGAGCCCGCGGCUGGAGCUGGCAAGAAGAAGAGAAACGGCGUUCUCAUUCUUUUUUAUUUACUUUCCUCACACUCGCCCACCAUGAUCCCAAUCGCUAGACACUCUGCUCUGCGGGCCGUCCGCUCGCAACUCCGCCCGCGGGCGUUCAACCAGCCCGCAGCCUCUGCGCUCGCCCGCCUCCUCUCGACUCUGGCCGUGCUCGAACAGCGAGGGGGCAAGCUCGAGAACUCCUCGCUCUCGGCAAUCGCAGCUGCUCAGAAGCUCGGUGGCCCCGUUACCGCAUUCGUCGCCGGAAACAACGUCAAGGGAACCUCUGCCGCCGAGGCGGCCAAGAUCAAAGGCCUGGACAAGGUUGUGGCCGUGGACAACGAGGCCUACGAGAAGGGUCUCCCCGAGAACUACGCUCCCCUCCUCGUGGAGAACAUCAAGAAAGGCGAAUUCACCCACAUCAUCGGUGGCCACUCGGCUUUUGGAAAGAGUCUUCUUCCCCGCGUCGCCGCUCUGCUGGACGUCCAGCAGAUCUCCGAUAUCACUAGCAUCGAGAGCGAGGACACUUUCGUCCGUCCCAUCUAUGCCGGAAACGCUAUCCUGACCGUCCAGUCGACCGACCCUACCAAGGUGAUCACCGUGCGAGGAACCGCCUUCCAGGGCGUUGAGACGGAGGGUGGCUCCGCGGAGAUCGUCGAGGGCGCUGACCCCAAGGCUCCCGCCCAGACCGAGUGGGUGUCCGAAGAGCUUGCCAAGUCCGAGCGCCCCGACCUGGCGACUGCCUCCCGCGUCGUGUCCGGUGGCCGUGGAUUGAAGUCGAAGGAGGAAUUCGACCGGGUCAUCGUGCCCUUGGCUGACUCGCUGGGUGCCGCCAUCGGUGCCUCACGUGCGGCCGUCGACAGCGGCUUCGCCGACAACAGUCUGCAGGUCGGUCAGACCGGAAAGAACGUCGCCCCUCAACUAUACCUCUGCGCUGGUAUUUCGGGUGCCAUCCAGCAUCUGGCUGGUAUGAAGGACAGCAAGGUCAUUGCGGCUAUCAACAAGGACCCCGAUGCGCCUAUCUUCCAGGUUGCUGACGUCGGUCUUGUCGGUGACCUUUUCGAUAAGGUGCCCGAGUUGACUGAGAAGUUGAAGAGCCAGUAAUUGCUUUUCUUGUCUAUGUUUCUUGUAUCAUGAUGUUUGUUUAUCUCCUUGCGAGCUUUCAGGUUUAGAUGAAUUAUACAGUAUACCACCUUAUCUGGGGAUUAUCU